UUUUGUCCAUGUGAGUUGCGAGUACCAAUUAAGUCUUCCUUCUCCCGCCCCCUUUCCGCCGCCGGCCGGAGCAUCUCUUCCAAACCCACCCCGGAGAGAAAUGCAUCCGUGCUACCAAAGGCACGGCACCCCGCCGCCCAAAUCCGGGCUCAAGACGCGCUCACAUUUUGGUCCAGGCACGGUACGAGAGGUUUAAGCCACAAGAAUCCACCCGCACGCAUGGCAGAUCGUUCGUGCGGCUGCCGCUACAUGCCAGGCGGGCGCCAUGGACAUGGACCUCGACCUCGACCUCGCCGUGCAAGUCGACUGCCCGCCCGCGCCCGGCGAGGACUUCGCCUUCGCCACCUCCGAGACCGACGCCGCCUUCCUCGUCCUCGCCCACCUCCCUGGUACGCGUGGAUGUCUCUCUCUAUACUGCCCAUUUCACUUGGCGUGCGCUAGCAAUGCAGAGCGUGAUGAACGGCGGUUGUUGCGCGCGCGUGCAGGCUACGCCAAGGAUGAGGUCGAGGUCCGCGUCGGCGCGGGCGGCGCGGAGUUCGCCGUCGCGUGCGCGAGGAAGGACGCGUUCGCGGUGGAGGCGGCGUCGGGGAGGGUGCGGGUGGCGCACCGGCAGGUGGUGGGCGGGUUCCGCCGCGUGUUCGGCGUGCCGCCGGGCGUGGACGCGGGCCGGAUCUCCGUCGGCUUCGAGGAGGACGACGGGCUGCUCGUCGUCAUCAUGCCCAAGCUGCGGCCCGGCCCGCCGGACGACGGCGGGGACGAGGAGGCGCGGCUCGACGUCGAGAGCUCCGGCUGCGAGUGCGAGUCGUCGUCCGGCGCGGGAAGCGAGAGCGACGACGACGUCGACGUCGAGAUGGAGCUGGAGCUCGGCGACGAGGCGUCGAGCCUCGAGUUGGGGCAUGAGGAUUGGGUCGACGUCGAGUCUGAGGAGGACGAGCCCGAGCCGCCGCCGCGCGACGUGCCCGUGGUUACGGAGGUGCCGGUGGUCACGGACGUGGCGGUGGAGACUCCGGUGCCGGUGGUUACGGACGUGGCGGUGGAGAUGUCCGUGGAGGUGGAGGAGGAUCGCGACGUCCCAGUGGAGACGCCGGUGGAGGUGGAGGAGGAUCGCGACGUGCCCGUGGAGACCCCGGUGGAGGUGGAGGAGGAUCGCGACGUGCCCGUGGAGACGCCGGUCGAAGUCGAGGCCGAGCCGCGGGUGGUGGACAUCGAGUGCGACGUCGUGUUCGAGCCGGCGGAGCCGGAGCCGCUGGUGGAGACGCCGAUCGAGGUGCUCGGGCCGCCGCGCCGCGAGCCCGAGCCGCCGGCCGACGUGCCGAACCCGCCGGUGGACAUCCCGUGCGACGUGGAGUCUAAACCCGAGCCGGCCGUCGUGCAGGAACCCGAGGAGGCGAAGCCACCGGCCGAAGAACCAGUGCAGGAGCCACCCGCAGAAGAACCGGUCGUGGAAGAGCCGACACCACUGGCUGAGCCGCCCGCCGAAGAACCCGUGCAAGAGCCGCCUGCCGAGGAACCCGCAGUGGAGGAGACGCCGGCCCAAGAACCAGUGCAAGAACCGGUGCAAGAGCCUCCAGCGGUCGAGCCACCAAAAGAACCGACCCCCACCCCACCAGUGUCUCCGCCAGGCAGCGAAUCUGGCAGCGAGGAAGGCAGUUCUGACGGGGACGAGCCGGGAGGUGCUGGCGACGGCAGGAGGAGGCGCGGCAGGAGAGGAGGGCGGCGGCCGCGGCGAGGGAGGCGCCGCGGGCUCCGUCUGGGCAUGUUGGUCGCCCCCGCGCUGAUCCUGCUCGCUCUCGCGGUGGCCGCGGCGAGGCGGCGGCGGCAGCAGCAGCGCGGGUGAGCCGGCCGUCUCGGCUCCUCAACGUGUAUGACAGAUUGACAGCAGGUGUUGUGUGGAGUAGCGUAGCCUGGGUACAUACCCUCCACUGAUCGCUGCCAUUUCUUUGUUGGAGCUUGAGCUUGAACCUGAGCCUGUUUCUGAACCUGGAAGAAAGCCGACCAAAUGACCAAGUGGG